AUGUCCCUUGGAAGGGACAUUCGGCUCUUAAGGAGUGCAGAAAACGUUUAUUAUCGUGCAUCGAAAAUUACGCCUGAAAAACGCGCCAUAGCACUCGGACAACGAGGAGCAUUUCGAGGAUCAACUGUAUGGUUAACAGGUCUAUCGGGAGCUGGAAAAUCGACAAUUGCAUUUGCAUUAGAAGAAUAUAUUGUUAGUAAAGGAUUACCAGCGUACUGCCUUGAUGGUGAUAAUAUAAGAUGUGGUUUAAAUAAAAAUCUUGGCUUUUCUGACGACGAUCGUGAAGAAAAUAUCCGACGUAUAGCAGAAGUAUCAAGAUUAUUUGCUGAUGCGGGUCUCAUGUGUAUUGUGGCAUUUAUUUCACCAUUUGAAAAGGAUCGUGAACAAGCAAGAUUGUUGCAUAAAAAAUAUGAAUUACCAUUUAUAGAAGUUUUUGUUAGUACACCAUUGCCAGUAUGUGAGACAAGAGAUGCUAAAGGUUUAUAUCAUAAAGCAAGAAGUGGACAAAUCACAGGAUUUACUGGCAUUGAUGCUCCGUACGAGACACCAUUAAAUCCGGAUGUUAUCAUUGACACUACCACACUCUCUGUUGAAAAAUGUGUCGCAGAAAUUAUUUCAAAAUUGGCUGAAAACAGUGUUUUAUCACCAACAUUAAUUUUAUCCGUUCGAGAAUUAUUUAUUGAUGGAUUAAUGAAACAAAAAAUAAUAGAAGAUUUACCAAAUAUACCUAAACUAUCAAUAACUGAGUUGGAUUUACAAUGGAUUCAAGUGUUGAGUGAAGGCUGGGCAACUCCACUUUCUGGCUUUAUGCGUGAAACCGAAUAUUUACAGUGUUUACAUUUUGGAUGUUUAAUGAAAGGUCAUACUGAAAAUCAAACUGUUCCAAUUGUUUUACCGUGUACUACUGAAGAUAAAGAACGUUUUAAAUCAUCUAAUGCAUCGUUAAUUGCAUUGUAUUUUAAUGAGAAACCAGUAGCCAUAUUGAGAAAACCUGAAUAUUAUGAACAUCGAAAAGAAGAACGUUGUUCACGUGUAUUUGGAAUGUAUGACGCUGGUCAUCCACAUAUUAAAAUGAUUAUGGACAGUGGAGACUGGCUUAUUGGCGGUGAUUUAGAAGUUUUUGAACGCAUACGUUGGAAUGAUGGUUUAGAUCAUUUUCGCUUAACACCAAAUGAAUUACGGCAACGUUUUCGUGAUAUUAAAGCCGACUGUGUAUUUGCAUUUCAAUUACGAAAUCCAAUUCAUAAUGGUCAUGCACUGCUGAUGCAAACAACAAAACAGUUACUUUUAGAUAGAGGAUUUAAAAAUCCCGUUCUUCUUUUACAUCCAUUAGGUGGAUGGAUCAAAGAAGAUGAUGUUCCAUUACCGACACGUAUGGCUCAACAUCAAGCGGUUUUAGAUGAUGUGGAUGAUGUACUUGAUCGUUCACGAACAGUUUUGGCUAUAUUUCCUUCGCCCAUGUUAUAUGCUGGUCCAACAGAAGUUCAAUGGCACGCAAAGUCUCGUAUGUCAACGGGUGCAAAUUUUUAUAUUGUGGGUAGAGAUCCAGCAGGCAUGCCUGAUCCACGAAUAAAAUCAAAAGAUCUUUAUGAACCCACUCAUGGUUCAAAAGUAUUAACCAUGGCACCUGGACUUAAUCAAUUACAAAUAUUACCAUUUAAGGUAGCGGCUUAUAAUAAAUCGACAAAAAAAAUGGAUUUUUAUGAUCCAUCAAAACACGACGAUUACGAUUUUAUAUCUGGUACAAGAAUGAGACAAACAGCAAGAAGUGGUGGUUUACCUCCCGAUGGUUUUAUGGUUAAAAAAGCCUGGGAUGUUUUAGCAUCAUACUACAAAUCAUUGAGUGAAAAAUAA